AUGAAGCGGGCGCACCCCGAGUACAGCUCCUCUGACAGCGAGGAGCUGGACGAGCCCGUCGAGGUGGAGAAGGAGAGCGCGGACGAGAAUGGAAACUUGAGUUCAGCUCCAGGUUCAAUGUCUCCAUCCGCCACCUCCCAGAUCCUGGCCAGGAAAAGGCGCAGAGGGAUCAUCGAGAAACGUCGCCGGGAUCGAAUCAAUAACAGCUUGUCGGAGCUGAGGAGACUGGUGCCAAGUGCUUUUGAAAAGCAGGGAUCAGCCAAACUGGAAAAAGCUGAAAUUCUGCAGAUGACUGUGGAUCACCUGAAAAUGUUGCAUACAGCAGGAGGCAAAGGCUAUUUUGAUGCCCACGCUCUUGCUAUGGACUAUCGGAGUUUAGGAUUUCGAGAGUGCCUGGCUGAAGUAGUCCGGUACCUUAGUAUUAUUGAGGGUCUGGACACUUCUGAUCCUCUUCGAGUUCGACUGGUGUCUCACCUCAAUAAUUAUGCCUCUCAACGGGAAGCAGCAAGUAGUGCCCACACCGGCAUUGGACAUAUUCCUUGGGGCAGUGCCUUUGGACAUCAUCCUCACAUCACUCACCCGUUGUUAUUGCCUCAGAAUGGGCACAGUAAUACCAGUACUACAACGUCUUCCGCAGAACCACAUCACCAGAGCAGAAUUGCUGCUCCACAUGCUGAAACUUCUUCACUGAGACUGCCCCCUAAUGGCAGCAUUGGACCAGUGCUCCCUGUGGUCACCUCUACUUCCAAACUAUCUCCUCCUCUGCUGUCCUCCAUGGCAUCCUUGUCUGCGUUCCCCUUUUCAUUUGGUUCGUUCCAUUUGCUGUCGCCUAAUGUACUCAGUCCAUCUGCACCAGCACAGUCGGCAAACCUUGGCAAGCCCUAUAGACCGUGGGGGACUGAGAUUGGAGCCUUUUAA